UAAUAUUAAGUAAAUUAAUUAUUUAAAAUAAAAAAUAAUGGCUGUGACAAUAAUUACCAAUUUUUCAAACACUCUUGAACUUAAAAGUAAAUAAGUAUUUGGAAAUAAAAUUUUACUCAACGACUGUACGGUUUCUCUAUUUAAUUAUUUGAAAUAAAUCGUACACAGUUUGUAUCACUUAAAAUGGAAAAUUCAAAUAAUACUCCAACUGCACAAGUACAAUCUAACAAUUUUGAUAUAAAACAGAAAAAUGAGAAUGUAGUAGUUAAAAAAAAUCAUAUAUUAAAUGGCAAUAAAGUAUUAGGUAAUGAUGGACAAUUUCAUCCUAGUAAAACUAUGCAUGAAAUGACACCUGGUCCAAAAAAAUAUCAAAAUAUUAAAAAGUCACCCGAUAAAGAACCAAAAUUUGUUCCCUAUGAGCCAUAUAAGGCAGCAGUGCGUUCAAUAGUGCCAGAGUUGGGUCAACCUUCAGUAGCCAUAUUUAAAAGAAGACUGUCGACUGCAUCUAAUUGCAGCAAAACAUCAAAUGUAACUGAAGACAAAGAAGAUAUGUUAACUGUGCUGACUCAAGAAAAAAAGAAUCUAGAAAAAGAGAUUGAUAAACUUAAUAAACAGAUAGCUAAUAUGGAUCUUCAAAUGGGCUCACAAGCACAAGUUAAUAACGAACUUAAAAAUAUGCUUGUUGCGUCUAUUGGUGAAGAUAUAGAAGCUAAAAUACAAAUGUUAACCGAGGAUAAAGUAUUAUUGGCACACAAAUUGCUCAAUUUUACUGGAGCAUUAGCUGGUCGACAAGAUCAAUUAGAAACUGUAGCUGGAGAACGAGAUGUGUUACGUAGCAAAUUUUUAGCUGGCAGUUUAAUAGUAGAAGAUUUAUCCAAGUGGAAAACAUUUUUGUGUGACCGAGUAGAUAAAUUAGAAGCUUCAUUACAAACAGUACUGGACGAAAAUCGAAAAAAUAGACAUCUACUAAAGUCGGCUCACGAGAAUUUGAAGGUAUUACAAAAUUAUUAUAAACUUGAAGUUUCGACUAAACAAAAACUACUNGAUAGUACAACAAUAGCUGAAGAUAUAAACAGGAUAUCUUUAUUACUUAGAAAACAUUUAUUAACUACACAAAUUCAAGAACUCCAAGUACAUUCGGCUAUCCACCAGACACAAGCUGAAUCCCAAGCUCAACAAAUAUUGGCACAGAAAAUGCCUAGAGAAAAAAUGAAUAAUGUAGAUGCAACAUGUAAUGCCAUAAUGGAAGCAUCACAAGCAUUAGAGUCUAAUAUUCAAUUAUGCUGUGGUCAUUGUACUGGAACCGUAAAACUUAUUUAAAUAAUAAAAUUAUUGUUAACCAAAUUUAAAAAAAAAAUAUUUAAAUAUUUUAUAUUAUGUUG